AUCUGCGCGACGACAAAGAGAGAGGGGAUGUUUGCCGACAGGAGCACUUGAGAGGACGCGUGUGUGAAUAAUGGUCGCGGUAGACGCCUGAGAAGGGAGCAGCCUGUCUCAGAUCCGCUCGGCAUCUUUCCCGAAGUCAGGUCUAUUUAACCGCGAUAACUUUUCUCGGACAUCGAGGUUACCCGUCCGGGAAAUGGAGAAGAAAAGGUGGGAUUGCACUGCUCUCCCCAAGGGCUGGAAAAUGGAAGAAGUGACCAGAAAGUCGGGUUUGUCUGCUGGGAAAAGCGACGUCUAUUAUUUUAGUCCAUCUGGAAAGAAGUUCAGGAGCAAGCCCCAGCUGGCCCGUUACCUUGGUAACCAGAUGGACCUCAGCUCGUUCGAUUUCCGGACAGGAAAGAUGCUGAUGAGCAAACUGAACAAAAACCGCCAGAGACUGCGCUACGACAACAACAACCAGAAUAAGGGUAAACCUGACUUAAACACAUCCCUACCAGUCAGACAGACGGCCUCCAUAUUCAAACAGCCUGUGACCAAGGUGACCAAUCAUCCCACCAACAAAGUGAAGACGGAUCCCCAGAAGGCAGUCGAUCAGCCCAGACAGCUCUUCUGGGAGAAAAAGCUGAGCGGACUUAACGCGUAUGACAUCGCAGAAGAGCUGGUCAAAACGAUGGAGCUGCCCAAAGGCCUUCAAGGUGUUGGUCCAGGGUGCACAGACAAGACGCUCCUGUCCGCCAUCGCCAGUGCCCUGCACACGAGUGCCGCUCCCAUCACGGGCCAGUUGUCAGCCGCUGUGGAGAAGAACCCAGGCGUGUGGCUCAACACCGCUCAGCCGCUGUGUAAAGCUUUCAUCGUUACUGAUGAGGACAUCAGGAAGCAGGAGGAGCUGGUGUACAGUGUGAGGAAGCGGCUGGAGGAGGCGCUGAUGGCUGACAUGCUGGCUCACGUGGAGGAGGCUGCGAAUGAAGGAGAAGCUGUGAAGGAGGAGGGAAACAGCAGCGAGGAGAUGGAGAGUGUAUAGCAGAGGUUUCCUCAAGUCUGGAUGGUUUCUGUCUGCACCUCAACUCACAAACCCGCACAACCACGAACGGUUCGAGUCCCACACCAGUCCUUCCUCCGUAAACUUUCCUCUAGCUCCUGAAACAUUUGUCGGCCUCCUCCAAAACACCCGGAGUCCAAAACCGGGUCUCACCUUGUCCUACAGUGAUUGGUCCGAACACCCCACAGGUUGUUAUGUACUGAGCAGCUUUCCAUUGUUUUAAUGCGACAAUCAUGUCAAAUCCAACACAUCAGAGUUGAUUUGGGUGCUUGCUUGUUUUAGAAAGACUGGAGGUGAAUGUUUUGUAUAUUUGGCUCGAUGAAAUGUAGAAUUUUAUAAUGGACAUAGACUUACGGAUGAGUUGUUGUCAUCGUUCCACUGUAACACUCUGAAGUAGUUGGAUUUUAUUAGUCACGUAAGCUGGUCACUCCUCGUACGGUGGAGCCACGACUCGAUCGGAACUCAUUGCGCGACUUGAAGCUUCUGCCUCUGUCAUCAGCGUUAUUGGUGCUCACUGAUGUAUCAAAAUGGCCGCCGCGUGCCAAGAUCUUAACACGUUACAACCUUCUACCACUGUACGCCAAUGUCAGUCAUGAAAACUAAGACGUUUCAUCUCUCUACAUGUUUCUAGUAAUAUUGGAUUAUUUGUAUUUAUAUCUGGGGGCCCGAUGGUUAAUAAUGUGCCAGCCUGUAACAAACCCCCAAACUCAGCAAGGUGACUGCUGGAAUAGACUUGAUUGUAUUGCUUAUUAAAAUGAGUUGGUAUGUCAGUAAAGCUGUUGCCGGUGUCCCUUCUUUUUUGAUAUUGUCUUGAAAUGUUGACAGCGUCCUUGCACGAGCUGCGCUUGAGCUCCA